AUGAUGCCUUCCCUCAUCAAGUUGCUCGUUCUAUUCACUGCCGUCAGUGUGGCUCUUGCGAACCCGUGGCCUCCAUCGGUUCAGUAAGUGGUCAUCGCUAUCAUCGUUAUCCGUAGUUAACAAGUUGCUGAUCACUCCAUCAAUCGAUUCAGAGAUUCCUGCAAUUGGCUCAAGGCAUGGUGCACGUCAGUAACCGAUGCCCCGAUCGCUUAUUAAUCGUCGUCUCGAUCGCGACGGCCUGGAAAGAGCGGAGCUGACGAGGAUCCCCUUUUUCCUUCAGCGAUUGUCAAAACUCGUCCUGUGGCAACAUCACCUCGCACAAGCAGUCAGUCAACUCCCCACCACCGCUGUUAUCGCCGUAUCCUAACAUCUCCUAUCACCCUUUUUCGUAUCGGAGCAGACAGAAAUUGUGCUUCAAAACGCACUGCGAAUCGCACCACCCGCACCACUACCCCCGUCCUUGCAAGCAGUGGCAAAUGGCGGACAAGUGCAUGCGCUCCUGUCAGUGGAAGAGGAGCUAUAACUUGACGCUUUCGUAAGUCCAAGUCGGGUUCAGGAGUCAUGGGGGUUUGGAUGAAGCUCAAUAAAUUGGUAUCAUUAGAUGGAACCCUUUCAUGAAUCAUGACAAGUGCAGACAUUGUUGCGAUAUGCAAGGUGGACCGACGGAGAAGAGGAUGCGUCGUUCGGGUUACUAG